UGCACUGGCUGCCAUUGUUGUGCUGUUUUCUCACAGGUCCACACUCAGAACAAUGAGGCUGGUCAUCCUUGUGUGCCAGCUUGGCCUAAUUCUGAGGGUUGAGGCUCAGAUACCGGAAGCUUGCAUUCUUAGUGAAACAAACAGGCCUCCAGAAAACUCAGAUAUAACUGUGAUUUGCGGCACUGAGCAUAUGGACCUGAGCAUCUACAUUUGUCCAGUGUACCAGGCUCUUUACAAUGAGUCUCUGAUGGUCCUCAAUAAUCAGUUCAACAGCCCUGAGUGUUUUGGGACUGCUGACUGGAACGCUGACCCGCCAGUCUUAAAAUUCAAAAUCCCCAUAAAUGAAAGUGCCAUCUCAGCCUGCAGCAAUAACUUUAAGAUAAUCAGUGAGGUUGGGAGUGGAGAUUUUUCCGACUUCUCAAACAUCCAGUUCGUCAACAUUUCUGGCACCAUUACCUCUGUGGACCCCGCUGCGGGCAUGAUCACCUAUCGCCCACAGAUCCUGUACAAGUUCUCCUGUCGUUAUCCAAUGCAGUAUCUUCUGAACAAUACUGAACUGGGCGUUUCAGGUGUGAAUCUUGCCAUACGAGACAACAAUGGUAGCUUCAUCAGCACUUUGAGUAUGCAGCUCUACCAAGAUGCCCAGUAUCAAGACAUGCUAAAUAUCCCACAAACAGGACUCAACCUGAAGACCAAGAUUUAUGUUGCAGUUAAAGCCAGCAAUCUAACAGACAGGUUCAACGUGCUUCUGGACAGAUGUUAUGCAACAACAAGUCCAUAUCCCUUCCUGAACACUUAUUAUGAUCUUUUUGUGGGGUGA